UUUCUGGGGAGGGACCUCAGCGAGCCCAGAGCACCGACCGGCGCCGCAGCCGUUUGGGCUCAACCACGUUUAUGCGGGAUGCCGUAGCCGUCGGCUAUGCCACGCCGCGGCUUGCCACGGCCAUGCGCGCGGCGGCAGCGGCGCGAGCCCACCACAGACUCCACCGACUGGUCUCGCACGCGGCCCGCGUUAGGUGCGCGCUGCUGCUCGCAGUCCUCGCUGCCCUCGCGCUCGCCGCCGGCCGCGGCCGGCUGCCCGCCGGCGCCUGGCUGGGCGCGGGCCGGCGGCCUGCUGCCCCCGAGGCCCGCGGGCGGCUCGCGGGCGCCCGCGGGCGCGCGGGCGCUCGGCGGCUCUGCGCACGGCGGGCAGGGGGGGCCGGCUCCGCGAACCCGUACGACGUCCUGGGCCUGCCGAGGACGGCGGCCACGUCGUCCGAGGUGCGCGCGGCCUUCCGGGAGAUGGCGAAGCUGUACCACCCAGACGUCCCGGGCACCGGCGACAGCGACCGGUUCCUGGCCGCCCGGGAGGCUGCAGACGCCCUGGCCACCCCGGAGGGGCGGGCCAAGUGGGCCAGACAGCAGCCUCGGGCGCAUCGGCAGCGCCGCCGCGAGCGGGCCGAGGCACAGGCGGGCCCUGGCUUCUGGGCGCCGCGCGCCGCCGCGGAGGGCCGGCGCGGCGGGCGCCGUCCUGGCGGCGGGCCCUCGCGGCCGCACAGCUGGGUCGACGCCUGGGAGGAGGAGGACCUCUGACUGGAUGGACGAGGACGACCUCGAGGACGCGGAGGCCUGGGACGUCGAGUGGGGCGGCGGACGCAGGGGGGAGGCACGCUGGGAGGGGUGGGCGCCGUGGGACGACGAGGAUCGCGGCCGCCGCGGGGGGCAGCAACGCGGCGGCCGAGAGCGGCGGCAGGGCGGCGGCCGGGAGGACAGCCUGGAGACGCAGCUGAAGGUUGCGCAGGACGAAGAGGCACACAGGCGCCACCUUGACCGGGAGCGCCUCUGGAAGGAGGAGCUGGGCAAGGCCAGGGAGCGGGCGAAGGAGACCCAGAAGCUCGGGUGGUCCGACCAGCUGAGCCAGCUCAAGGCGGACAACUACCAGCGGCGCGGCCGGGAGAGGCUGCGGUGGGCCCUGAAGACCAACCAGACCAGGGACGAGCGGGAGGCCUGGAAGGAGGCCGCGGCGCAGCGCUGGGUCGAGCGGUUCCGGCUGGCGGAGGAGGAGUCCAACCGGAGGAGGGAGGAGACGGCGCGCUUCUACGCGGAGAAGAUCCGGCGGGCCCGCGAGGAAGCGCGCAGGCUGAGAGAGGAGCGGGCCGCGCUCGAGGAGGCGAGGCUCAGCAAGUGGGAGCACCUGGAGAAGCAGCUGCAGGAAAAGUCCCAGCGCAUGUGGUCCGACGCCUUCCAGGAGGCCUUGCGCACGAACUGCGACGAGCAGGACGAGGAGCGCCACUGGGCCGCCUUCCUGGAGCAGGCGCAGCAGUCGCAACGCUCGCUCCCCAAGAAGUGGUCCUCGCGGUUCUUCCGCCUGAUGCAGGACGAUCAUAUGGACAACCAUGUCGCGCAGACCAAGUUUUGGGAGCGCUCCUUCCGGAAGGCCAUGGAUUUCUCCAGCAGCAAGGCUUCGGAGGACGCCGCGUUUUGGCAGGGCCAAAUCCGGAAGGCCAACGCCAAGGACUUCAAGCAGCGGGCAGAGAUCAACCAGAAGCAGUUGCAGCAGUUCCGCUCCCACGAGAAGCAGGCGCAGCAGUGGAAGGAGAGGGAGAUCCAGAAGUGGGCGAAGAGCCUCCGGAAGGCGGAGGAUGAUGCUUUGAGGAAGGAGCGGGAUGUAGAGAGGGAGUGGGCGCAAAAGUUGCUCGAAGCGGAGGAGGAGGCGCUCGAGGUGCUCAUGGGCAAGUGAUUGGUCCCGAGCCACGGCCAGGUCCCCUGGGGCGGCACCUAUUGAGAGCGCAGCGUGAACAUGGCCUGGCGCACUGUGCGUACCUUCUGUUCGCAAGCCCACUUCACCAUCAGCUGUGCUUGUCUACUCUCCACGUUCCGCCCAGUUCACCCUCUCCGCCCACAUCUUGGUUUCAUCGUGCCCUCUCCGUCCCUUGCACGCCUUGUAGUUCCAGGGCUCAGACUUUCAGGUUUCGUCCGCACGGCGCGGUGUCGGUCUCAUGGGCAUUCCCUCAUUUAUCUGAGCUCGUCGCGCGUAAAAAA